AUGUAUAGGAAUAAGCCUAAGAUUUUUGAGAAUAUUGAGUGGUUUAGGAACACACCCGAGCUCGAGGAAAGUGUAUCGACUGAGUUCCUGAGGAUAUUCGAGGGCUUGGAAGCCCCCGCAAUAAAGCAGAGCUUUAUAUUCGGAGUGAACAGUGUGACUGAAGCAAUUGAGAACAACGAGCGCCUGUGUUUGGUGAUACUAUUCCGAUGGAACGUGCCAAGUGUAAUGAUUCAGCACAUUCCAGUGACCUGCAAAAGAAGGAACAUUGACUACUUGACGUUUUCAAAAGCAGUUAAGCUCAGCCGACUCCCCUUUAAGAAUGUAACAUGUAUGGCAGUCAAGGGUGAGAGUUGCGAGCUAUUCAAGUCACUGAUUCGCUGA